AUGCCGCCAAAGUCUACAAUGAAGGAUCACACGAGGAAGCGGAAGAGGAUGGACGAAGAACGCCAGUCACUAGAGAGCGAAAACCAUGACCCAAAGCGUAGAGAUCAGGCGCCAGGAGCAAAUCAACAACCAGAGUACGAAGGAGUCUUGGCAGAAACGGACGGCCAGCAAUCAUCAGCACUCCCUUCCAGUUCCAGAGCCAUAUUGUCUGCCGCAGAUGUGGCAUUGUAUGACAGGAGAAACGGGAAAGGGAAACCCCGACUGCUUGGUCAUUACAUUAAGAGUCGCCAACCUAUUGACGAGGAUGCAAUGGCAGACCACGAUAACGGCAUGCACGUCCCUGUUGAGCUUGCUCCUCUUCUACAGAAGCUCAGGACAGCUGCCACUGACUACUUAGCUGGACGAGUCGGAACUAUUUUUCUCGGAAACAGACAAUACGAGUUUAAUAUUGCAUUGAAUCAAUGGCAGGCGAGGGAGAAGAGGGAUGCGGAAGAAGCAAAGGAAACACCACAUCUGCCUAUAAUUCGGGCUAUCCGGGAAACAUCUACGGGCUUGUUGGAGCUAACAAACAAACUUCUGGACGGUAUGCAGCGAAUUGAGGAGCGCCUGAGCGCGAUCGAGAGAAGGCAGGAUGGGGACUGGCACCAACCGAGUUUGGUAAAUGUCCGUUCUGGUGGCUCUCGUGGCUAUGAAGACGAUAUACCAGCCGGCCAGGACCUUGCACAAGAAAUGAAUGUUACACCGCUGGAUGAACGAGUUGCCAAACACGAGAAGCAGAUUCAAGAACUUUUCAGCCAUCAGCGGGACUCGAACGAUAGACCCCAGCAGUACCAUAGGGAACUAGAAGAAAAGAACCGGGAGUACCGGAAGAACAUGCAUGCAGGAAGCUUUACGCGCGAACGAGAGCUACAGUUCCAAUUCCAGAAAGAACAGCUGAAACUGUACCAAAGCUUUGGGAAACGAAACAAGGAACGGUUGGAAUCGGAACAGGGGAUUCAGAACCUGCUAGACGUAUCUGCUGAAAUCAAACAAGAAGACCGAGCAUCCGGCAAUAACCUAGGGGUAGAUUAA